AUGCACCGUAUUGAUGAGGGGGACCUAGGUUCAGUCAGAGGGAUGCUAUUUAAUUUCGUCAAACUCCAAGAAAAUGGCAGGGAAAGAAAACUCGUCACUCAGACGGAGUUUGAGGUGUGCGAGCUCCUCAACUGGAUGUGGCAGGCUACAAAUGCCGAUCCUAUUCUCACCCGUCAUAUUUCGACAGAUGUGCUUUCCAAAGCAAUUGAAAGAGCCGACUUUCUCGGAAUUUGUCGCAAUCGUCUGUGGAAUCAGGCUGUUGCUAGCGGUGAUGAAAAGCACCUUGCCAUCCUGAUGCAACUGACCGGUAAUGGUGAUAUAGAAGCUGAUGUCGCUACUAACCAAAGAUUCAAGCAUCUCAGGCAUGAAAGCUGUUCUGCUGAGUCAUGUCUAUUCAGCAACGUUGACAGUACAAAUGUCAAACAACUGCACAAAUGUCCGAGAGAAGACUGUGAGCUAUUGGAGUUUCCUUUGGAUGACUUGUUAUUGGAGACAACCACCGAACCCUACACAUGGUGGAUAGAAGAUGAUAAGCCAUACCUCACCACGGAGAUAGAGUACGUAGCAAUUUCUCACGUUUGGUCAGACGGUACUGGCGCUGGAGUACAGAAGGAUGGAUAUGUCAACUCGUGUCUAUUCAACUACUUCAAAGAAGUGGCCAUGGAAGUUGGAUGUAAAGCCAUUUGGUGGGAUACGAUCUCCCUCCCACGAAAAGGCGAGUUCCGAAAAAGGGCAAUUGGAAGGAUUAACCAAGAUUUUCUUUCCGCAAAGUGCACCGUGAUUCAUGACCAAUACCUAGUAAACUUUCCCUGGGUGGACGAUGGAACCCCUUGUUUAACCCUGACUCUAUCUUCAUGGUUCACGAGGGCUUGGAUAGCCUUAGAGCUACUCUAUUCUACCGACGUGAGAGUAAUCUUUCGUCAUCCAACUGAUCCAACGAGGAAGGUCAUCAAAAAGCUGGACACAGAGGUCAUCUUGGAAGGAAGUCUCUGUUCUCGUAAACAUUUCAUCGCAUCACGGUUGAUUGAUGAUCUUCGCCAUCAGCAGCUAAAUACUGUUUCAAGUAUACUCGAGGUCUUGAGAACAAGAAGUACUUCGAAGCCACACGACAUGAUAAUUAUUGCCGGUCUCCUGGUCGGUCAAAAACCUGACACUAGCCGGAUCGACAUGGCCGCAGAACUUACGCGAAGCAUUUUACGAGCUCUCCAAACGGUCGAAAGUUCGUUUUUGUUCCAUAGUCAUGCAACCAUAGCUGACAGAGGGGGAUUUUCAUGGUGUCCGUUCAAUUUGCUCCAAGGGCCUGAUCCAUCAACACUUUAUAAUCGCGAUCCUUCUGCCUUGGUCAGCAAUAAUGGCGCCAUUAGUACUGCGUUCCUAUAUAGAAUUUUGCGACAAGAAGAUCAAGUGCAGAAAACAUCGGACUUUUCACGGGCACUUUUGGUGAAACCCGUUGAUGUUGGCACACUCGACCUACCGCGAUUCAGUCUCCAUCUAAUUGAUUGUCACUAUGUUGGCGCUGUGAAUGUGGAACUCAAGCCCAGUGAUGCUAGAAUUAUUCUUGUUCGCAUUGGCCAUGUUGAAUGUCCUCCUGUUAGCACUGCUAGCCGUAUCGUGAAUAAAUAUUGGGGGCAGCCACAUUUCGCAAACGUGAUCGUCACGAAUACUCGGGAAUUAAUCCACCAUGAAGAACAGAAAAUUCUUGCAGCACUGCUGACUGUCGAUGUUGAUUACGCCUAUACCGAACUACAAGCAUUCUACAGACGUUACUCGUCUCCAUGGAGGUUCAGUUUAUCUCGUCUCAAGCAUGCAGGAAGGACUAUAAUUGCUUUCCUACUCAUAAACUACCGCAGCUAUGACCAAUCUAUCAGCGCCUACGAGAAAUCGAUCAAUGAUAUAGAGCAUAUCCAACGUAAAUUAAAAGAGAUCGAUAGGUACAUAGAUGAUCGCCAUGAGAAAUGGAACAAUAUGCGACGAGUGUUGGGUGAUAUCCGAGCCCUGAAAUCCAAGUACGAAGCAGAGAAGGAGAGAAUACAGACUGUGAAAACCAAAUGGCAAGAUUUGCUCAGACGAUUCAAACAACAGAUUAUAGCAAUAGAAGAAAAAAUCGAGCUAUAUGAAAGCUCGCAAAAUUUAUUGUUGCGUACGAAACUCCGUUUAGAGCAUCAAAAUGAGAGCUCUCAAAAGCAUAUGUCAAGCCAUCAGCACACACAACCGGAUAAUUGUGCUUCAGACCACCAUGAAGAGGAAGUCAAACAAGCCUCGGCCGUCCCGGAAUAUGGAUCUUCCCUUCAUGAACAAGUUGAUAUUGAUGUGCUAAUAGAAAUUAAAUCGCCAACAGAUGAUGUGGAGUCUCAAAUCAACCCCGGAAAGGAACUGCAGAGCCUUCAGCUCAAACAAUCAAAUUCUGGAUGCAUAGAUGGUCAUGAAUCCGGUCUUGAUUUUCUUUCUCGCUUUCGCAGAGAGCUGGAGACAUUGAGAGAACAAAAGAACGAGGUUGAAUCCGGACUCGAAGAACUAGCUGAGGGCGAAGCCUACUAUCAGGGCAUGAUCGAAACUCAACAAAAUAUGCUUCUGCGAUCUGAGCAGAUUUUGCUUCGCGAUGAAGCAGGAUUGGCCGAGAUUCAGCGUCUGCGAAAUGGUUUUGAUGACAUCUCUCGCGACCAGUCAGAUCUUGGUGAAAUACACGUACGGAUCCAGAAAAACAAAGAAACAAACAAGGAAAGGCUUGCCACUCUUGAGAGUCUUAUGUCUGAGAGUGCUUUGAGUGAUAUCGAUAAGCAGGACUCCGGCUUGAAGAAAGAUGAUGGUAGCCUUCUAUCGCCAGAAACAGUACUGAACGCAAUGGGGCACAUAGUGUCUAGCGUUGCCUCGGGGUUGUUAUCAUUUUUUGGCAACUCGUUUGGUGACGAUGAUUCAGACAAUUUGGUAUACUAG